AUGUCUCGUUAUAUCAAACAAUUAAGUUGUCGAUUUCAUCCAGACGCUAUUCUUAUAGAAGAUUAUCGUGCUGGUGAUAUGAUUUGUCCAGAAUGUGCUCUUGUUGUUGGCGAUCGAAUGAUUGAUGUUGGCUCUGAGUGGCGAACAUUUAGUAAUGAUUCAGAAUCAAAAGAUAUGUCACGUGUCGGUGCUGCUGAAAAUCCGUUGUUCGAUGGCGAAGGUCUUGAAACAAUAAUGUCACCUGGUACUGGUAGUGCUGCGCUUGAUGAAUUUGGAAAUCAGAGAUAUCGUAAUGGACGACGGCAGAUGUCGAGUAGUGAAAAAACUCUUCGAAGUGGUAUUGAAGCAAUUCGAGUUAUGGGUGGCCGAAUUAAUUUAUCCCAUAAAAUAAAUAAUCGUGCUGGAGUAUUAUUUAAACAUUGUCAUGAACAAAAAUGUACAAAAGGACGAAAUCAAGAUGCUAUUGUUGCCGCAUGCAUCUAUAUUGCCUGUCGAGAAGAAAAAAUGCCACGAACAAUCAAAGAAAUAUGCGCCAUAUCACAUUCGUCUAAAAAAGAUAUUGGACGUUGUUUUAAACAAAUAAUUAAUAGUUUGCCAAAAGCAUCAGCACCAGACUCAAUUGAUCUCAAAAAUCUUAUGCCACGUUUUUGUAAUCAUCUUCAAUUUAAUAAUGAAACAUUAAUUAAAAAAACAGCUAUUUUUAUUGCUGAAACAGCUAAAGAAAUAUGUGAUGUACAAAGUCGUAAUCCAACAUCAGUUGGUGCUGCUUCAAUAUUUAUGGCUGCAGUGGCUGCAGGUGAAAGGAGAACAAUGAAAGAUGUACAAUCGGCAACAGGCGUAAUGGAGUCAACAAUUCGUCAAAUAUAUAAAAUAAUGUUACCAAAUGCAUCAGAAUUAUUUCCAAAAUCAAUUAAUAUGAAUAAUAAUAGUGAAACACGAACAAAUAUUUCCACGCACGAUAAUAAUGAUGAUGAAUGGUUUCAACCAAGUUUUGAUCAUACACAUACAGCAGAACACAAUGCUACAUGGUCGAGUGAUGAUGAUGAUGAUGAUGCCUAUGAUAAUGAUGAACAUGAAUUUUUUGAUGCUAAAGAAGAUGAUGUAAACAUUCCCAAAUUAAACGAUUUAAACUUAGAAACAAAUAAAACGAAUAGUGAAGGUCCGCCGACACUGUUGCAUGAACGUUUAAAUAAUUCCACAAAUGUUGACUAUAAGAAAGAAGAAGAUAAAUCGCCAGAAGAUCCAUAUUAUAUUGAUGAAGAUCUAUUAAUUGAGAAAGAAAAAAUGUUGACAGAUGAUGAAAAACAGCAACGUUAUAUUGAGUCUAAAACGUGUAAAGAAGAGGGAAAUGCCUUAUUUGGACGUGGUGAAUUUGAUCAAUCAUUAGAAAAAUACAGUAAUGCAUUAUGUUUAUGUCCAUUGAAUGAAGCAAAAGAUCGUGCUAUUAUUUAUUCAAAUCGUGCUGCUUGUCUUAUGAAAUUGGAAAAAUUUGAAGCUGCCGUCCAAUCAUGUACAAAAGCAAUUGAACUUGAUCCAACCUAUAUUAAACCAUUAUUGAGGCGUGCUGAUUCCUAUAAACAAAUAGAUAAAUUAGAAGACGCCUUACAAGAUUAUCAAAGAAUUGUUCAAUUAGAUCCAUCAAAUCAGCAGGCACGAGUCGCUUGUCAUAUAUUACCGGAUCAAAUAAAAGAACGAAAUGAGAAAUUGAAAGACGAAAUGUUAGGAAAAUUAAAAGAUUUAGGCAAUAUGAUAUUGAAACCAUUUGGCCUUUCAACAGAGAAUUUUAAAAUGCAGCAAGAUCCAUCAACUGGUUCAUAUAGUAGAUUAUUAUUUGUCAAUAAAAAAAUGGGCGACAAAGAAAUGGAUCAUGUCCAGGAAAAAGAGCGACCAGAUUUUGAAAAAACUUAUCGUUUAUCCACUGAAAGUAAAAAUCAAUGGUUUAUACGGAAAAAAUUUUUGGAAGCAUAUUGGGAUCAAUACGAUGAAGAUCGUUUGUUAUGUCUUGCACAAUGCUAUGUGAAUAUGAGAUGUUUAGGUUGUAAAUAUUCAAAAUCAUUAAACUCAUUGAUUGAAGAAUUAGUUGAACCAUUGGAAUCAGAUACAAAAUCGUAG